ACGACGAAACUAAUCAAUCUCCAUACCAAAGGUGGCUUCGAAGAUGAGAAAAUUAAAACUUCGAAGGUGUAUAACAAACAAAAUAAAUGCAUAACCGUUCGACAUACAAAAUAACCAAAAUUGACUAACGAUUCUACCUUUUAGAAGCCUUUCUCUAGGGUAACAAUGCCAACACAAAACAAGGAUAGAACGAAGUUGCAAAUCAAUAACACAUUCCCCUAAAGAGUUGAAGGACGACGAAACUAAUCAAUCUCCAUACCAAAGGUGGCUUCAUCUAAAAUCGCCUGAAGCUCCAUCACUCGUUGUCUAGUCAGUGCAACACAAUCCUGCAACCACAGAGAGUAUUCCUUGUAAGAAUCUGGAUCAUGACUUAACUGGUUUUUUUCAUAGGCCAUCUCUUAUUAAACAUAUCUAAGCAAAUUAUUACUCCGCUCCACUAGCAACUUUCUGCAUAUUUUACAAACCGGAGCAACUAUAUAAACAAAGAAGUACCUUAUACAGAUUGGUUCAACAAUAACACAGCAGAGGUAGAGUCCAUCUCGAUAAUUAAUUUAAAUGUGCCUCUUUGAAUAGCAAGCUAGAGUCCGAAGUACAGAUCCCAAACGACAACUUCGAUAAUCUGCCCUUGCACAGAUUGUUCUUCAGGACUUGAAUAUGAAGGCCUACCUACUCCGUUUUAUUUUUGUUACUUAUUCUUGUUUUGUCUGAUAUAUGCAGACCUACCUACUGCCGGGAUGGUGUCAGAUGGGCGAUAAGCGGAAAGGAAAAUCUUUCGACACUUUUUUAAGAGUGGUACUAUCCACGCAUUUUCUUUUACCUCCAUACAUUUUUCGUGAUUUCUAAUGGUUGGAUCAGAUGAAUUAAUGAAAAAUUAAAUAAUAAAAAUUAAAAAAGGAUGUAUGGAAGGUAAAAAUUGGUGUGUAGAUAACACCAUCUUUUUUUAUCCUAACCGUUGGAUUAAAUAAAUCAAAUGCUAAGAAAGGGUAGAGUGCAGAAGGAGAAAACAAGAGGGGUAAUAAUUUUCCAAGAUAAAAGUAAAUGACUCUGUUGGUAUAAACGAACCUCUGUUUUUAUUGUCCGUUUUUCUUGAAUCCACUAAAUUGUCAAACCAAACCUCAUGGUAGGAGAAAUUCUUCGGCUGAGAUGACCAGACCAAAGUGAUUGAUCCACAUAAGACACAUCGAUGAACGAUGCCAAAAUACUAGUCGGUGAGUGGGGACAGCCCAGACAUUGUGUAUUUGUGAACAACCACGGUAUUCGACUAAACAAUGGUUCUCCACACCAUAGACUUGCCAGUAACCACUUGGUAAUUUCCUAAUAUUCUCAACUUUUCUUAACAAACAAAAUGAAACAUAUUAUAUUACAAGUCUUUCUUUGUAAAUGUUGAUUUUUCAAAAGCAUAUCAAGAGUUUGAUCAUAACUUAGCCAAGAUCCAGAAUCAUUACUGAAUUAAGACGAGAGAAAUCUCAAUUACCUUGAGCUCACCUCAUCAAGUAGAAGAUGGCCGAGCUUGCAUUUAUGUUGGCAGCCAAACUCAUUGAAAGGCUCAGCCCCAUUGCUUCUGAGGAGAUUUGCUUGGCGUGGGGCGUUAAAGUGGAUCUGCAAAAGCUUGGGCGCACCAUGUCCACCAUCAAAGACGUGCUCUUGGAUGCAGAAGAAAAGCAAGCACGUAACAAGGAGUUACGCAGUUGGCUACUACAACUUAAAGAUGUGUUCCUUGAUGCAGAGGAUCUGCUGGACGAGUUUGAAUGCGAAGCUUUGCGAAGGCAAGUGGUUCGUGGCAGUGGCACAACUAGAAAGGUACGCCGUUUCUUUUCCCGCUCUAAUCCAGUUGUGUUCCGCUUAGGAGUAUGUCAUGGAAUUAAGGACAUAAGAGAGAGGUUACAUGAGCUUAAAGAAGAUAAGAAUUUUUCCGAUCUUCGUACUGUUCAUCUCGGUGAUCAUGUGAGGGAGAAUAGGAAUACGACCCACUCCUUUGUCCGUGCUUCGGAGGUUAUUGGUAGAGAAACAGAAAAAAAUGAAGUUAUAGAUCUCUUGGUACAAGGCGAUGAUCAUCAAGGUGGAAAUAAUCGGAAUGUAUCUGUUAUUCCUAUAGUGGGAUUUGGAGGUUUAGGGAAGACCACACUUGCCAAGUUGGUGUACAAUGAUGAGAGAGUCGUUGGUUGUUUUAAUUUACGAAUGUGGCAGAAUGUGUCAGUAGACUUUGAUAUCGCUAGAUUGGCAAAAGAGAUCCUUGGCUCUGCAUUAGGUACAAAGAUCAGUGAGGGGUUGUCUAUGGAUCAGUUGCAAGAACAGCUACGAGACGCUUUAAAGGAUAAGAAAUUUCUGCUUGUCCUGGAUGAUGUAUGGAACGAAGAUCGUAUCAAAUGGACCGAGUUGAGAGAUUUGUUGAUAGAGGGGGCCAAGGUAGGAACUAAGAUUUUGGUGACGACACGGAAUAUCCCAGUUGCUUCAAUCAUGGGCACGGUUGGAACAUACAUAAAUUUAGACGUUCUCUCUUUUGAGGAUAGUUUGUCAUUGUUUGUAAAGUGUGCAUUUGAAGGAGGACAAGAAAGACAACAUCCAAUCCUCUAUGAAAUGGGAAAAGAUAUUGUAAGAAAGUGCGGAGGGGUUCCCUUAGCUGUGAAAACCUUAGGGAGCCAACUUUACUCAAAGACUGAUGAGCGUCAGUGGCAAUUAAUUAAAGAUUCUGAAAUAUGGGAAUUAGAACGAGAGGGAGCUGGUCACAUUCUACCUGCUUUGAGACUGAGCUAUAGUCAAUUGCCCUCUCAUUUGAAGCAGUGCCUUGCUUGCUGUUCAAUCCUUCCAAAGAAUUACACUGAUUUUGAUAGCAGGGAAUUAAUCAGUCAUUGGAUGGCACAUGGAAUCCUUGAAUCUCGUGAUCAUGGAAAUAUGCAGUUGGAAGAUGUUGGUGAACUGUAUUUCAAAGAGUUAUGGGAGAGAUCUUUCUUUCAAAAUGUUAAAGAUUGCACUUUCUGCUAUACAUUUGAUAUACAUGAUCUCAUCCAUGACCUUGUACAAUCAGUUGCACAAGGUGAGAGUUUUACAGUAGACUCUGAAGGCACCAUAGGCCUCUCCAAAAAUGUUAGACAUCUAACAUUUUUGGAAAUUGGCCAAAAUGUUUCAACAAUCUUGCAAAAGUUGAACAAAGUGCGGACUAUAUCAGCAGUGAGUUGUAAAAAUAUUGAUGAAUCCUUCCUCCACACUUGCAUUUCAAGAUUCAAAUAUCUACGGGUGCUUAGGUUAGUGAACGUAUCUUGGGAAUUGUUGCCGAGUUCCAUUGGUUCGUUGAAGCAUUUGAGAAGCCUGGACUUCACUGACAAUGGAGGAAUCACUGAACUACCCAAUUCAAUUUGUAAGUUGCAGAGCUUGCAAACUCUGCAUCUCGGUGGAUGUGUGAAUCUUGAAGAGUUGCCUAAAGACAUGAGCAAGUUGAUCAGCCUCAGAUACCUUGAAUUAACCACAAAACAAACAAGUUUUCCAGAGAACGGAGUGGGAUGCUUGAAAUCACUUCGAUAUCUUUCUAUUUGGGAGUGUAGUAAUCUAACGUGUUUACCGUGUGAUACUAGUUAUCUUGUAUCAUUACGCACUCUGAUCAUAGACAACUGUAAACAACUUGAUUUGGUGAUGGAGAACUAUCAAGAAAUUCCACUAAGGCUCCAAAAAUUGGGGAUUGUGGGAGUACCACGAAUGGUGGCAUUGCCUGAAUGGUUUCAAGGAGCCACAAACACCCUACAAGUCUUGGUUAUAUCAGAUUGUGAGAAUUUGGUGGCAUUACCUGGGUGGUUGACGAGUUUCACAUCGCUAAGAAGGCUUGUCCUCGGAUCAUGUCCCAAACUGUUGUCUUUGCCAGCGGACAUGCAUCGCCUCACUGCCUUAACACAUCUUGUGAUGAUAAACUGCCCUGAUCUCUUGAGGAGAUGCCAACGUGAUGCAGGAGAAGAAUGGCCAAACAUUUCUCACAUUCCAAUUGUUCAUUUUAUAUGAAUUUCUCGAGAUGCAAAUAGAAAUAUAGCUGUAGUCUUCAAUGCCGCCCGCCUCUUAUUUUCUCUAUUUGAUAGUCUAAUUAUUUUCUUGUUUCUGA